AUGGCCGAUGUCGUCGAAGAAGAAGAGGAAGAUGAAGGGCAGAAUCAGGUGUACUCGGAUGCGGCCGCUUCCUUGGUGGUGGAAGGUUUUGUUAUUAAAGCUACUGGUAAAGGAGAGUGUUUGUCGAUGAUAAAUGAGCUUCAACAUAAUUAUUUCACUUGGAAGAUUGACAACUUUACUGACUUGAAAGAUGAGGAUUAUUGCUCUGAGCAAUUCACUGUUGAAGGACGAAGAUGGAAGUUGAAACUCUAUCCGAAGGGAAGUAGAACAGGAUCAGGCACAUGGUUGUCUCUCUAUCUCAGCUUAGAUGAUUCAGAAACUCUUCCUCCCAACCGAAAAUUGUACGCAAAAUACAAGUUGCGUAUAAGGGACCAAAUCAAUAGCAAUCAUCUUGAAGAGACAAGUCUGUGCUCUUGA